AUGGCUCAUGCCAAAGUUGACGCUCGCGCAUUUGAAAUGCACUAUAUUCACCCUCUCUUCCAAUUCAAGGUCCCCACGACUCGGAAAAACGGGGAAAAGCUGGGCGUGGGAGAAACUGUCAACUCGAAUCAAAAGCGGUUUCAAUCCCGACUCAACGACAGGUUCCACCUCACAGGCGCCAAUGCACUCAACCUCGAGAAUUCGACCCCGGUAGUGACGGCGACCCCGAGCGGAAUUAACAUGGAAAAUGCCAAACUGGAGGAUGUUACUUCCCUGUCGAUCGUGUACACUGAGACCCAACCUUCGAAGAUCGGUGCCACAUUCGAUAGUCUCUGGGAGUCGAACAGACUUAUCAACGAAUGCCUCGAAGGCUUGAGGAACGACAAGCUGGAGAGGGAGAAACAGCAGAAGAAGGAGAAGGACGAGAGGGAGAAACAGCAGAAGAAGGAGAAGGACAAGAGGGAGAAACAGCAGAAGAAGGAGAGAGACGAGAGGGAGAUGCAGAAGAAGGAGCAAGAGGCAUGGUACCUCGCAAUGGAGGAACGCUUGGCUGGGGUGGCUGUGCUGGAGAAAACCGUAGCUGAACUGAAGCUGGAGGUGGAUGGAUUGAAGGAGGAGAGGGCUGAAAAUAGGAAUCAGCGCACGGCGGAUAAGCAGAAAUACGACAAGGACAACAAGGAUCUCAAGGAUGUAAUCGCAGCUGGAGACGCCAAAAUCGAGGCUUUCGAAGCCAAGGUUGAAUCUCAGGACGCUAGGAUUCUUGGCCUAGAGGGUGAGGUCCGUACCCUGAACCAGGCUCGGCACGACGACCAGGAGGCUUACAGAGCCCCUCUGUUCCUCCGCAUUCUGCUCGACGAUGCCCGCGACAAAAUCGCCCAUCUUCUCGACCAUUCCUGGUGGGAUGACAUCUCGAGCAACCAACUCCCAUCUCAGCUUCCCACCUGGCUCGCCCAGCAGCGUCCCCUCGUCGAGAGUGACUACACGCUCACUAACACUUCACUGGCGAUUUUGAGCAGGUUCAAUCCGAUUCGCCAAGAAGGGAACGAGGUUGCGCAUACUGUGACGACCAAGGAAAUUCGGGAGGCUAUUCUCAGCAGGCAGCAGGAGAGCGUGCGUGUUGUGCUUAAGAACCUUUUUGAGUUUACCUAUGAGGAGGAUCUUCCUCUCACUACCUCCUCUUAA